AUGAUCGAAUCGGCGAGUCCGAUUGUUCAGGCGACGCUGGGGACCCUGUUCACUUGGGGCGUUACUGCUCUCGGCUCAGCUCUUGUGUUCUGUUUGCCUGGCGCUUCCCGAAUAGUCUUCGACAUCGCGCUUGGUUUUUCGGCGGGAGUAAUGCUCGCUGCAUCCUACUGGUCUCUCCUAGCGCCAGCGAUUGAACUCAGUGAGGGAUAUGGAAAUUUCGCAAUUGUGCCAAGUCUUGUUGGAUUUCUACUUGGCGGCGCGUUCGUCUACUUGUCUGACAGAUUCCUACCUCAAGACACGGUGAAAAUUCUGAUCAGCAAGGCGGACGGCUCCGAUUCUGGUUCGUUCUCGAGCCAAUCUGACCUACCGCUCAGUGGUGAGUUACAGUCAGAGGAGGGGACUCAAAUUCAAACAAGGGCAAGAAAAAGAAACGUCCAGACAAAUAAACCUGAAAAAGCUACUGUUGUCGCUAUUGAUACAGAAGAUGGAGCUGAUUCCAGAGCUCCACUGACGAACAAAAGCAUCGAGCAAAGAGAAAACGAGCGACAAGAUCGGACGAAAAGAAUUGCUCUUCUCAUACUCGCCAUCACGAUCCACAAUAUUCCUGAAGGCCUGGCAGUUGGGGUCGGCUUUGCUACAGACAAUUUCCAGAACGCAAGGAAUUUGGCGAUCGGAAUUGGGAUUCAGAAUUUCCCCGAGGGCUUGGCCGUUUCCUUGCCACUCCGGGCGCAGGGCAUGAGUCCUUGGAAAGCGUUUUUCUGGGGGCAACUAUCUGGCAUGUUUGAGCCGAUUGCUGGUAUUCUUGGUUGUUUGAUUUCGUUACAGGCAACGUAUAUUCUCCCCUAUGCUCUGGCCUUCGCCGCUGGCGCGAUGGUUUUUGUUGUCAUGGAUGAUAUCAUUCCUGAAGUUCAGACCCGUGGUAAUCACCGAGCAGCAUCUUGGGCAGUGAUGAUUGGAUUCUGCGUCAUGAUGACCCUCGAUGUCACCCUGGGCUAG